CGUUAACUAUAUCACAAAUACUUUUUGGCAACACUCAAUCCACCGCAUCAACAUCUCAACUUGUUAUGUCGUCUUGUAGUGUAAAUUAAAGGCAGGGGAAAUAUUCGAAAUUAAAUAUGGGCGAAAGUACAGUUACUCUCCGAACUAAAAAGUUCAUGUCUAAUCGUCUACUAUGUAGAAAACAGAUGGUAGUAGAUGUUACUCAUCCUGGAAAGGGUUCUGUACCUAAAACAGAAAUCAGAGAAAAACUAGCUAAAUUAUACAAGACGACACCAGAUGUCAUCUUUUGCUUCGGCUUCAGAACACAGUUUGGUGGUGGCAAAUCCACAGGUUUUGCCCUAAUAUAUGACACAUUAGAUUAUGCAAAGAAAUUUGAACCAAAAUAUCGUCUCAUUAGGAACGGUUUUGGCGAGAGAGCGAAAACUGGUCGAAAACAAAGAAAAGAAAGGAAAAACAGAAUGAAGAAAGUUAGGGGUACGAAGAAGGCUAAAGUGGGUGCGGCAUCAGGAAAGAAGAAACAUUAAAUGAUGUGCAGAAUAUCGUUGGAGUACAUGGUACUGGUGCUGCUUCUCUUAUGCUUGCUUUUUCUGUUUCUGUCUAUUCUUUGUCUUUGCAUCCUUGUUUUAUUUAUAAAUUUAUGUUUGUACUAAUUUUUUCCCAUUUUUCUUACAGGUGUAAAGAGCAUGGACUAUAUGUAUUCCAAGCUUUUACAAUAAAAAAAAAUGUGUUGUCUGUA